AUGCUAGAUAUUAAACGAACUAACGAACCCUGGGUCAUUCCUAAAAUCGUCGAGGACCUAAAAAAAGUCAAUUCGGACCUCGAUUUCUGGGGCAGACGCAUGGUUCUGGGUAUCUGGAGAUGGGACGUACUUGAGAGCGCCAACUCCAGCUGUCCUACAUUACCAGUUCUCCAUAUCGGUUUCUCGAGAUCGCUGGCUCGCAAGUUUCUUGCUCAGAGCCAGGUCGUCGGUAUUUCUCUGAACGUGGUUUCUUUGAAUGUUCCUGGUGGAAGUUCGCUGAUACACGAAGCCAAACAGCUCGGAAAACUGACGUACGCAUGGACUGUCAACCAGAAACCGGCUAUGAAAUGGGCCGCCUCGAUGGAUCUCGACGGUAUCAUUACCGACCACCCCGACGUCUACGCCAAAUUCAUCGGCGAUGUCACCGAAAAAGAGAUCGAGACCAUCUACGCCGUCAAAGAACCGUCGGCGUUCUACACCUUCUCGGAGAAAAUGAGCUACCGCCUCAAAUUCGCGGUCAUGUGGAUGUGGGUCUUCUACCUACAGGUGUCGGACUUCUUCUUCCCAUCGGCUAAAGGCCCUUUUUAG